GGGCGCAGGCGCAGCCGCUCGGCCUUGUGGGGGCUGCGGUCCCAGCGCCCGUCGGGCGCAUUUCCGCGCCGCUUUGUGCCCCUGACGGGAGGUUUGAGCUGAGAAGCAUGGCAGAGGAGCAAGAGAUUAUGUGCAAACUGGAGAGCAUCAAGGAGAUCAGGAAUAAGACUUUGCAGAUGGAAAAAAUAAAGGCGCGACUGAAAGCAGAAUUUGAAGCCCUGGAAUCCGAGGAGAGGCACCUGAAAGAAUACAAACAGGAAAUGGACCUGCUGUUGCAAGAAAAGAUGGCCCAUGUGGAGGAGCUGCGACUGAUCCAUGCUGAUAUUAAUGUGAUGGAGAAUACUAUCAAGCAGUCUGAGAACGAUCUCAACAAGCUCUUGGAAUCUACUCGUCGCCUGCAUGAAGAGUACAAACCCCUGAAGGAGCAUGUAGAUGCUUUGCGGAUGACUCUGGGAUUGCAGAGGCUGCCAGAUCUGUGUGAGGAGGAAGAGAAACUGUCCCUUGACUACUUCGAAAAGCAGAAAGCGGAGUGGCAGACAGAACCACAGGAGCCUCCCAUCCCAGAGUCUCUGGCUGCAGCUGCAGCAGCUGCCCAACAGCUGCAAGUGGCCAGGAAACAAGAUACUAGACAGACAGCAACUUUCCGGCAACAGCCACCGCCAAUGAAGGCAUGUUUAUCGUGUCACCAACAAAUUCAUCGGAAUGCACCUAUAUGUCCACUCUGCAAAGCAAAGAGCCGAUCUCGGAAUCCCAAAAAGCCCAAGAGGAAACAGGAUGAAUGAAACCCCGACCACUGACAAGCAAACACGCAACCUGUUCCAGUACUUUUCCAGUAGAACUGCAGAUGUGGCGAGACUUCGCUGAAGUGCAGACUCGAGUGUGACUGACCCGUUGUUUUCUAUUUAAUGCAAAGUAAGCACAAUGUUCCUGUCCUGUCUUAAUUUCCUUCCAGUCCUUAGGAUUUGGUUUUAGGAAAGUUAAGUAUUACUGGUGCUACAGUUUUAACAUUUCAAUCAUUUCAUCUUUUGGACUCCUAAACAAAGUAGAAUUCACAUGCAAGUAUCCUAAAUGCCAGGCUAUUCCUGCAGGCCAAACGUGAUUACCACAAAUGCUUUUAUGUUCUCUUUUUAAAAACAGAUGUUACUGAAAGAUUAUUUUGUUUUUUCCUCAUAACGGGAGACUAUUUGAAGUGCUGAAAUAAGAACGAAUUUUUUUUUUUUUCGUAAGCUAGUAAGACUGUAUAGGUUUGGGUAUCCAGUAGAGCUUUUCUUCUACAGGAAAUGUUCAGGGGGAAAAAAGAAAUUGGUUGUACAGGAAAUCCAUGCAUUAAGGAGACUUGAGUUUUGAUUUCCUGGAGUUUGGUUGUACCAUUCCCUCAAACGUGACUUAAAAUUUGGAAGGGGCAUCAAGUCGCUGACUGUGUGUGAAUUUCUAAAAAUUAUGUAAUUUGUGAUAUUUAACGUUGUAAUAUGGUGUUAUUUUCAGCAAUCAGAAGACUGAUUGACUGAAGUGCAAGGCUGGAAUGAACUGUAUUAGUGGUCCUCCUAGGCUGUAUGGCCAACCGGCUCUCUGUGGUUCUCUAGGAAACAUGCAUGAAAUAUCCCAAAUCUCUAUGGGCACAGACUGCAACAUGAGCCAUUCUGCAUGUCUUCUAUUCCUGGUUUCUACAGCCAGAGUCUCCCUUGGCAGAUAUAUCCUCCAUUGGAGCACAGGGAAGUUCAGUAACGUACACCAGGAACAGUGUCAGCUCAAAAUGAUGUAUUUCACCAGAACUGCCUGGCUUUGGUUUCGUCGUCCUGCCUCAACCAAAUCUUCCUAUUUUUGUAUGUUUUAAUAGGUAAUUUUCAAUUAAGCUUUGUUUCAGCCCUACUCUUUUCACGCUCUUUAUGUGUACCAAAAGAAUCCUUACUAAAGGAUGGCUUAGACUGCUCCCUGAAACUGUAUCUUCCUUUUGUUUCACCUCAUGCAAUACCAGCCCCUCCAGUGGGGAGGAUGGCAGUGACCCACUUGCUUGUUUCCAAAUCUGGUUUUGUCCUUGUCUAAGUUGAUUUCAAGUAUUAAAUAUUCUUUUCACUAACUUCAGCAGGCAGGGACUCUCUAUUUACAUUCUUCUCUCAUUAGCCCAGCUUUUCUUCUGCUGUUAUGCUGGAGUGGUUACAUUGAGAGCUUUGCUUGUUCAAUAGGAAGAGCAAGAAAGUCCCAAGUCUCUGGUCAGAACUUUGCCAAAUGGUGAGGACUGUAUGCAUCCACAUAAACCAAUUUUACUGGCCAAAUCACAUACUUUGUCAUCAAUUUCCCAACUCUGCCGUGAAGUACACAAGUAUUUUAUUGAAUAUAGUCCUAUAAUUAAUGCCAAGUUCACUUUGUAUUCUCCCAUUUUAAUGUUUCAUAGCCAAAUAAGCUAUCUGUCAAUAACAGACAGUAUGCUACUGUGAAGAGCAGAUUCUGCUGACUGAAGUACCGGUCUUCAAAAUCUCCGAGAUAGCAAUAAUGGAGGAUAGUCUGACCCAAUGCUCCAAAUGUAGUAUGCACUGACUCUAUUGUUAUGCAUUUUUCCUAACACAGGAUUCUAAUUGUAACGUUCAGAGCAGCCACAGGCUGUGUGCCCUGUUCAGAGCUAUUCCUAUUGAGCCUAAGGGAAAAUGCACACAGAACUAAAGGACAGUAUACAGACUCUUCCCGAGUGCAUGCAUGAGAGCAGCAUACUUCAAUGCCAAUUGUACAUAAAUUUAAAAAGCAGUGACAGUGGAGAAUGGGCAAAUGUCUGCAAUGAAGUAGUGCAAAUAGAAGGAUAGAUUUAUAGAAACUUUGACUUACAGUUCUGAAAUGAACGGGGUUGGUCAUAGCUGCUCUCACUUCACUGUUACUGUGCCAGGUUUCUUUCUUUCUUGGGAUAUCUCUAGAGCUCUAAACUGAAGUAUGCUUAAGGGUGCCCCAUUUACUAAUUUAGUGUGGCAUUUUUGUAACUUUACUUUUUUAAACUAGUCUCUUGUGCCCUCAUGUUUAACAGGAUUUGUCUUUUUUAAAUUAGAAGAAAUGUGGAUAUGACAUACUGUGUUUGUCAUAUAUACUGUUUUGCCAUAUGUCAUGUACUAGUGUUUACAAACCUGUUUUCACAUCUUAUGAAGUUCUGCCAUGUGAGUAGCCUGAGAAUGAGUCUGACUGUCAGCGGUGUGCCCUGGAAGCCCAAAGGGCUGACCAUGUCCUGGGGUGCAUCAAGCACAUAUCACAAGCCAGUCGAGGGAGUGGAUUGUCCCACUCUGUGCUGCACUGGUGCAGCCCCACUGCAAGUCUUGUGGGCGGUUUUGGGUGCCUCAAUACAAGAUGGACAUGUAACUAUAUGAAUGUGUUCAGAGGAGGGCAGCCGAGACAGUGAAAGUCCUCAAGAGCAAGACUGGCGCAGAGUGGCUGAGGUCACUGGGUUGGUUCAGCUUGGAGAAGGGAAGGCUGGGGGUGACCUCAUUGCAGUCUGCACCUUCCUGGAGGGGGGCUGUGGAGGGAGAGGAACUGUUCUCUCUCUGGUGAUCAGUGAUAGGACACAAGGAAAUAGAAUGGAGCUGUAUCAGGGGACGUGCAGGUUCAACAUUCAACAUUCAGAAAAGGUUCUUCCCUGAGAGGGUGGUCGGUCACUGGAGCAGGCUCCCCAGGGACUUGGUCACAGCACCAAGCCUGUCAAAUUCAAGGAACACCUGGACGAUGCUCUUGAUCAUACAGUUCAGUGUUGGUAGUCCUGUGAGGAGCAGGGACCUGGACUCGAAUAAUCCUUAUGGACCCCUCCCAGCUCCAGAUAUUCUAUGAUUCUAAGUAUUGCAAGGAGACAAAAUCUGUAUUUAUGUGUUAAGGGAUCCUGGGGUGGGUAGAGGGGGGGGAAGCAGUAUCUUUCAUAGGGAACCAGCAUUCUCCUUUUCUCUCACAGAUCAAUUAAGGAAGUGUAACUGAAGAGCUCUUCUCAUGACAGACCUAGGCCCUUUUGUCCCAGGCACCAUUCUCAAGAGACUAGAGGGAUAAUGAAGUAUUCAUUCCUUGUCUUUUUAAU